CCGAGAUCUGGCCCGCGCCUUUGAGCUCCUAGAGCUGGCCGCUGUGCACCUGUACCUGCUGCCUUGGAGAAAGGAGUUCACCACUAUCAAGGACGCGGACUGGUCCCCAUCUAUAAAAUGAAGCCGCUAAGACUGGGAAGAGAAGAGCAGAUCAGAACAGCCGGGAUCUUAUUCCUGCCUGGGUCCAGGUUAGGCGGCCAGGUCCAGGGCUUGCCUAGUCCCUUAGGUCAGAUGGCAGACCACCUAGAGGGGGUAGGGUUGCUCUGAGCUAAUUUUGAGUGGGAAGGCAAUGACAUCAGAACGCACGUGGGCGAGGUAAACCUCCACUGGUUGUCAUGGUAACGUCUCCCCCUCCACACCCCACCAGCCUGCCGCUCCACGGGGACACCUGAGAUCCCAGGGCUUUCAUUCAGUUCUGUCAAGCCAGAAGCCCACCCAUCAGCCCCAGGAGGACAGAGGCAGCCAGGCGUGGCCUUCACAUUGAAUAGUUCAGGAACAGUGUUGGGGUGGAGCUGGCAAGGAUAAAGCCCCUCCUAGCUGUGUGGUUUUAGGGAAAAGUUCCUUUUCUCUUAAGUCGAGGUGUAAUGCCCUAAGGAGGGUGUUCUGGCCAGUGCUCCUUGUGUGUAGACCUCCUCUCCCUAAGGGAUGCCUAGAGCUGCUGUAGUCAGUCACACUUAGACCCAAACUUAAACCCUGGAGCUUUGGUUCCAUAGGUAGCUUGGAUCUAGAAAGCACAUUAGGCUUUCUGGAAUACUACAGUUGUGGGAGGAAACAUAAACAAAGGGCAGAACAGAAUUUAAGAGGCUACCUGCCAGCAGGGUACAGUGGAAUGUUCCUGUAGGCUGAGGCAGGAGGAUGGCGAGUUUGGGGUCAAGCUGGGCUAUACAACGAGGACCUUGUCUCGACUUAAAGGGCUAAGGUUCAGAGACACAAAGCUUACUUAGCAUACACAAGGGUUUAGGUUCUCCGGGCUCACUCCAGACAGAUGGAAACUGUAUCGGGGGUGGGCACCAAGGUCAAGGCAGGCCUGAACUCACAUGGGCUGCAUCUAGGAACCUUUAUGGAAGAGCAUGCCUGACCAGGACCCUUCCUUACAGACCUUCUCAGGGGGCUAUGUGCAUGUGUUGAAGGGUGUACUCUCUGAGGAGCUCCUGACUCGAAGCUUCCAGAAGAUGGGCUACGUGCGCAGGGACAACCACCGCCUAAUGGUGACUACCCCACCCCCUGCCUGCCAGCUGGUGCAGGUGGCCCUGGGUUGCUUUGCUCUUCGGUUGGAGUGUGAGAUUCUAAGUGAGGUCCUGACUCAGCUGGGUACGAGCGUGCUACCAGCCGAGGAGCUGCUCCGAGCCCGACGGGCUAGUGGGGACGUAGCCUCCUGUGUAGCCUGGCUGCAGCAGCGGCUGGCCCAAGAUGAGGAGCCGCCACCCCUGCCCCCUCGGGGCACACCUGCCACUUAUGGGGCCCCAGUGGACCUGUAUCAGGACCUGCAGGAAGAUGAGAGCUCAGAGGCCAGUCUGUAUGGGGAGCCUUCCCCGGGGCCGGACUCACCUCCUGUGGAGCUGGCUUAUAGGCCACCACUCUGGGAGCAGAGUGCCAAACUGUGGGGUUCUGGAGGUCAGCCCUGGGAACCGCCAGCUGAUGAUAUGCAUGGGGCCGGCAGCCCACCAUAUGGGGCUCUGGAAGAGGAGUUGGAGCCAGAACCCUCUGCUUUCUCCUUCCUUUCUCUGCGCCGCGAGCUGAGUCGCUCAGAAGACUUAGCUCCCCCUGAAUCCCCUUCAAGCCCCAGGCAGGCCAGCCCCCGACACAGGCAGGCACAGGGGGCGGCAUCCUCGGCCUAUGGGCCUGCUGUUGAGCCUCUGAGCUACCAGGCACACAGCUGCUUGAGUCCUGGCAACCUACCCACCCUCUGCUGUGACACUUGCCGCCAGCUCCACGCUACCCACUGCACUGCCCUAUCUGCCUGCCGCCCGACUCAUUCACUGCGCAUUCUUCUUGGUGACAACCAGAGACGCCUGUGGCUGCAACGAGCACAGGUGGACACCCUGCUCUAUGACAGUCCUGGGGCCCAUCCCUAGGCCCGGAUGGACCCCAAGAAUUUUGGGGACAGUUCCCAUGGUGCUUCUUUUGGAAAAGGGCCUAGGCCACUGGCUGCCCUGGCCCUCCUAUUCCCCAGGGGCCAUUCAGGACCUGCAGUUGAAAGAGGGUAGAGCCUUCAUGGGACGCUCCCGCCUGGUGCCGCAUCAGGCCUCACCGACAUGCCUGUCUCCGCCCUGGUGCAGCAACAAGCUCAAUCAACAAGAUCCUUCCCUUUGCUCCCUAGCCUCAUGCCCAGGUGUGCUGGGUGGAGACGUCCAGGUCAUCCGUGUUACAGUACCCAAACUCAGAAAGACCCCACCCUAUGAACUGCUUGAAGCUCCCUACCUGAUCCCUGUAGAGUAUGACUGAGGACAUGUCCCUUUCCACGUGCUGAGAAGCCCUCACCCAGGGGGCUUGCAAGUGACACAGUUAAGAGUUAGAUUUGGGCCUCGUGGGAGGGUCUGAAAGAGCAGAGCUUACUCAGCUGUGAGGACCCUGGUUCACCUCUGCUGUUAGUGAGGCACACUCCCAGGCAGUGGGAGGAGCCGUCACCCCCACCCAGCAGGACUGAGUCUCUGCAGUCAGCUGCCUACCAGCCAGAGAGGGUGGGAGCAGGUACAAGCCACUUCUCAGGCUAUUGCCAAAAAGCAGCCCGCCGCCCCACCCCAUGUAGCUCAUUCUGGGCACGCAGUUAACCAGGAAGAAGUUAUACCCUCAUCUCCCAUGUGGGUAGCCCAGGACCCCUCACUAGGGGACCCUAAACUGCCAAGUCUCAGGACAGGGUUAGUGAAGGGCUGGAUUUUCAUCACCCACUUGGAGGUCCAGGCACAGAGAUCACCACUCUGCCACACUUCCUCUAGUGGCACCUCCUCAGCCAAGCCUGUCCCUGUUCCUCAUGCAGGGCCCUCAGAGGACACUGUCCAUGUUGCAUGGAUCAAAACCCCACAGUACAUUAAAGGAUUGCCAAACUGUCUACUGGAAAGGCUUUUUAUCUCUCCACCCCUGGCAAAAGAGCCCACCAAUUCUCUCCCGGGCACCACUGCCAGGCACGUCCACCAAAGGCUUUCAUUCUGAGUCUCACGGGUCUCCUCCUCCAACUAACACCUGCUCCCUCAGCCCUGCCCGGGGUCUCCAAGAACAGUUAGCAUCUCCUGGGCCUGCUCAUUCCAUGCCAGUGCACAACUCCAGUUCCCACACGCACUGGAUGGGACUUUUAGGCCUCUUAGCACUAGCUCUGUCCCCCCAGAAGCGGGGCUUCACUGACAGACAGGACGGGC